UUUAUCUGCUCGUGGUGAUGAUAUACCUAAUCUCAAUCUCUGCUGGUAAGACUUUAUAAACUAAUGAUUAUAACACUAAUAGUUGUUCGUUUUCUUCUUCAUCUUCCCUUUAAUGGCCGCCAUGGCCGUGGCAUCUUCUGUUCAUUCACUUCUGGUAUCGCACCGAACGAUGUUUCCAAUUCCAAUGAUCCAAGAAAUGAGCUGGAUGCUUGUAUCAGAUUCCUACGUGAGAAUCCCCAUUGCCAGGGUCCAGAAGCGUUUUCACUUUUCAAGCGUGCCAUUGAUUCUGGAUUCAAUCCCUCUGCUUCGUCCUGUAAUUCUCUUAUCGAUGCACUCAUGAAGUAUAGAGAGUAUGAUCUGGCUAUUUCCGCAUAUAAAUGGAUGACCCAUAUGGAAAAUUUUCCAAAUUACCGGUCAUUAAAUGGGUUAAUGGACUGCUUCAUCUAUGCCCAGAAGCCCAAAUUCACCUUUGGAGUCAUAGGGUUAGUCUUAAAGUUGGGUUACACCAUAAACAUUUUCCGCUUGAACCUUAUGCUGAAGGAAUUGUGCCGGGCCGGCGAGGUCCUCUGGGCGAUGGAGCUGUUUCAUGAAAUUGGGAGAAUUGUGAUAUCUCCGGGUGUGGUUUCUUAUAAUACUAUCAUCAAUGGGCUUUGCAAGGCAAACAAAUUGGAAGAAGCUCUGGAGUUGCGGGUUGAAAUGGAGGCAAAGAACUGUUGCCCUGAUGUGGCUACAUACAGCAUUCUCAUGAAUGGUCUCUGUAAGGAGGGUAGAGUGGCAGUGGGUUUGUUAAACGAGAUGCAUAAGAAGGGUCUCGAUGCAGAUGUUGUUGUGUACAGUACACUUAUAAAUGGCCUUUGUCGGAAGGGAAAUGUCAGUAAGGGUAAGGAGCUGUUUCAGGACAUGUUGGAUAAAGGAAUUUCUCCAAAUGUAGUUACUUAUACUUGCUUGGUGCAUGGGCUUAGCAAGAUGGGGCACUGGGAAGAGGCCACAGCAAUGUUUAGUUUCAUGAUUGAAUCUGGGACAGGUCCAAAUGUUGUUACAUAUACUGGUAUGAUUGUUGGCCUAUGCAAAGAUGGGAAAGCUACUGAAGCUAUGAAAUUGAUGGCUUUGAUGAUGGAAAAGGGUGAAGAACCCAACAUUGUAACGUAUAAUGGCUUAAUCAAUGGACUAUGCAAAGAGGGCAUGGUGUCUAAUGCGUUGAAUUUUUUGGAUACGAUGAUACAAAGGGGGGCAGUACUCGACGUAGUGACUUAUAAUACAUUGAUUGGGGGGCUUUGUAAUACUGGGAAGGUUGAUGAGGCGGUAGAGCUACUCAAUAAGAUGGUCGAAGGUGUGUACAAUGUUGAGCCGGACACUAUGAAUUUUAACACUCUGAUCCAGGGACUUUGCAAUGAAGGUCGUUUUGAUGAGGCCCGGGAGAUUCAUCAGAAGAUGGUUAAGGAGAAGAACCUCAGUAAUUUGGUCACUUACACCAUGCUAAUAGGUGGGUCUUUAAAGGCACAAAAGGCCGACAAGGCUAUGGAGCUUUGGCAAGAGAUGCUUGGCAUGGGAUUUGUUCCAGACGCCUUCACCUAUAGUAUCAUGAUAGAUGGAUUCUGCAAGAUGGGAAUGAUUGGGUCUGUAAAUGGACUUCUUUCUGAAAUGAAAGCUCGGGGGCAUUGUCCAACUCUGUUUGAUUACAACACAUUGAUGGCAUCUUUGUGCAAGGAGGGUAAUCUAGAGAAUGCAAUGAGUUUGUUUCAAGAAAUGAGGGAUUCAAAAUGUGAACCCGAUAUGAUCUCAUUUAAUAUUAUUAUUGAUGGAACACUUAGAGCUGGGGAUUUUCAAGCAGCGAAGGAAUUACUUGAGGAAAUGCUUCAAAGGGGUUUGGCUCCGGAUAUAAUAACUUUCUCCACAUUAAUUAAUUGGUUUUCGAAGGCGGGGCUGAUGGAUGAGGCUAAAAGUCUAUUCAAGACCAUGACUGCCCGUGGCCUGUCGCCUGAUGCCAUUGUAUAUGACUCAUUAUUAUAUGGUUUUAGCGUGAAGGGUGAAAAAGAUGAAGUCAUCAGUUUACUUCAUCAAAUGGAAGCCACAGAUGUCGCUCUUGACAUGGGACUAAUUUCUACUAUUUUGAAAUGCCUUUGUAUGGGUGAAGAAAAUCCCAAGAUCAUGGAAUUAUUUCCUACUUUUUCACUUGGUGCAUCAAAAGAAGUAAGUAUCUCAUGCCAUGAGUUGUUGAUGAGACUCCAUAAAUUGCAACCAAGGCUUCAAGUACAGCAUGCUUGAUAUUUUUGAACCCUCUGGUGAUAAGAGAUGCAUGCGAUUGCUAUGUUGCUUCUUGUGUGUUAAUUGUUUAGGUAAAUAACUUCACUUGCAUUUCUUUUAAUUCCCUUUGUAUUUGGCAGGCUUUAACAUGUUCUAUGUAUUAUUUUUCACAGAAUAACUUGAUGGUUCCUUAGAAGGAUCAUUGCUGGAUUGUAGAAGAAACACUGACCCCAGGAUAUGGUGAGAUUUCAGAGUUAUGGUACA